UCUUUUAAAAUGCUUCACCUUGUAUCAUUCUUAGUUUGAUAUUCACUAACAUAUCCAAUUCCUGACCACCUGUGUACCGCAAUUGAGCACGCACGAUGUGAACAGCGAACUAUAUUCUGCAUCAUCGUCAAAAACAAACACUGUUCAAAUAAUCCAUUGCAUUUCAACUGUGGAAAUGCUAGAGCCAAGGCAAAAUCGUUCGAGUGGCUGUUGGAAAAGGAAAACGAAAUUAGAAAAACUAUUAAUUCCUUGCUGUGUGAUAUUGUGCAUUUUGACUGUGUUGUUUUUGAUUUUGUAUCUCACGAAAGAACCUGAUACAGGAGAAAUAUGCACGACCAAACACUGCGUCAAGGCAUCAUCGGAAAUCCUAGACUACGCCGAUUUCAAGGCGAAUCCUUGCCAGGACUUCUACAAAUUCACUUGUGGAUCCUUCUCAAAGAACGCCGUUAAAAAACAAGAAACCACGCCACUGGUUACCGUCACCGAUGAUCUCAAAAAUGAGCUGAAAGCAAUAAUAGUUGAUCCAAUCGGGCACAAAAAUCCACAUGCACUCGUCCUGCUGAAGCAGUUCUACCAGCAAUGCAUGGAUGAAAAAAAGAUUGACGCAGAUGAGAGUAAAGCAUUCUUGGAGGCCGUUGAAGAACUAGGAGGCUGGCCUCUCAUGAAGGGGGGCGCUUGGGAUGUCCCGAAAUUCAAUUGGGUGGACUGGCAUAUAAAAGCUACAAAGCUGGGUCUUCCAAUUUACGGGUUUUUUACAUUUGAGAGAGUUACAACUGCAGCUGGUAACACCAUUUUGAAAGUAGCUGGUGUAUCUAAAGGAUCCGGUGUAUACCUUUCUGAAGCAAGAUACAACAGAAUAAUGACAGAAGUAAUGGAAGCUUUAAACGUUACCGAUCAAGGUGGAGAAAUCACGAAACAGAACUACGAAGUUGUUUCGUUCAAAGAAAAAAUCAGAUCACUUAACCUGGGUGAAGAUUCUUCAGUUAAAACAUUGGAAGACCUACUAAAGGCAUGUCCUUCGGUACCAUGGCUGAAAUUAUUAAAUUCAUUGGCAGGUGAUAUGAACGAAACUUUCAAUAGCAACUCUUCGGUUACCUAUGGUGAAAUUGAUCAAUAUUGUGAGGAGUUGGAUCAACUCUUGAAUAAAACGCCUCCAAGAGCAAUCGCGAAUUAUUUCAUAUGGAGUAUACUUCAUCAGACAUAUAACUAUUUGAGCAUAAGAGAGACCUAUGGACAAGUUACUUAUGAAACACCAUCUAGAUUUGAGAUAUGUUUCAAAGAUGCCGAUGAAAGGUUCAAAUACGUGAAAGAAACAGUGUACGUUCGGAAGAAGACACCAAAAGUCGUUAGAGACAAUUUGAACGAAAUGAUCGAUUUUAUGAAAGAGGUAUUCAAGAAACAUGUAGAGGCAAGUGAUUGGAUGGACGAUGAAACCAAGAAGCUAGCUUUGGCAAAAACUGAACAUAUUCAAACCAUGAUUGGAGGAGAUGAUGAAAUGUACGAGCCAGAUUUUUUCGAUAAACUUGCUGGACUUGGUGAGCUGAAUUUCACAUCUGAUAACAUUUUCAACAUGUCUCGUGAAAGGAGAAUGAGUGAAACUGAUCAUUUCUUCAGAACGGUCUAUCAAGACGAAGACGAUGAUUAUCCAGGAUUUUUCGAUAACAUGCUAAAAGUCAACGCUUUCUUUGUGUCUCCUAUCAACGCCAUGAUACUUCCAGCACCUAUUCUAAGUUCGAUAUUCUAUGAUUACCGUAAACCAGCUUUUAUGAACUACGGUUCGAUAGGACGAAUCAUAGGACACGAAAUAAUGCAUGGAUUUGAGAAAUCUGGAAGAAUGAUUGCUACGAAUGAUGGUAUGAAGGAUUGGUGGACCAAUGCAACAGCCGAUGCCUACGAUAAGAAAGUGAAAUGUGUUAUUGAGAGAUACGAGAAAAUUCCUUUUAGAUAUAGGUUGAAUGGUACGUUAACUUUAGACGAAAACGUCUCAGAUUUCGUUGGUAUCGAUGUGGCAUACGAAGCUUACCUGAAAUACGUCGAGAAAUAUGGCCCUGAGCAAAGAAUACCGGGUGUUCCUCUUACUCCCGAACAGAUAUUCUGGAUACAAACAGGAACGUGGCUGUGCUUCAGAAAAUUAGAUGAUAGCGACAUAGAUUACGAAGAGGAGGAUGAACAUGCCAUACCCGGUUUUAGGGUUCAAGCAGGUGCCAGAAAUUCAUUAUAUUUUGCCAAAGAUUUCAAGUGUCCUGAGGGUUCUUUCAUGAACCCUAAGAAAAAAUGUAGAAUAUUUUGAAACGUGAUAUUUUGUAUUUUAAUUGUUGUAUUUUUACGAUAUUGAUGUUGUUCAUUUCUGUAGAUCUACGAUUCAAUAUUUUAUCUGUGGAUAAAAAAAAUGUAUACUCUAUUUUCGUGUAUUUGCUGAUUAAAAGAAACUAAAUGA